CGCAAUGAUGAUGAUACCGUGCUGUUGCUUCCAACGAUUUCUGUUCUGGGUCACCUCUAAGGAACAAUACCGCUCCGGCUCAGCUUCGGAAUCGCAAUCAACGAAUUCAAUUUAUCUCUAACUUUUGUCGUAAGCCGGAGGAGCUCACUGACACAUGUAUGGAGGAUAGGGACUGUUGCAGCUCCAGUGAAGGCAUUUCCACAUUUAUCCUGCGUCUGGCAAGUUUGAGUUUUAGCCUCUCUGAUGAGGAGAAGGGUGUUUAGUGCGUCUUACUUCAGGUAUUCACGUUGUGUCUCUAUUGAAAGUUACAGGGUUGAAGAUUACUUGACUCAGAAUGUUGUUACCCAUGGAAGAUGAGACAUGGCACUGUUGGUGUCCGGUAUUACUGUCCUUACGACUGCCGGAGGAAUGACCACGCUUUUGAUGAGAAAUUUUACCAGUUCGGUAAUUCAGGGAUCAUUGGAAUGGAAUUUGACUUUCAGAUCCAUAUUAAUACCCUGGAUAUGGUAAGGCAGAAAGAUAAGUCGAAUUUCUUGUCUGUUUUGAUUGUAACCGCCUGAGUUCGAAGCCCCUUGCCCAUCAUCAGUCGACAUGGGUAUGGAU